UCCCGGCGCGCGCGGCCCGUCGGGAGCGGCUCCCGUGAUGCCCCGCGGCGUGCCUACUCCUUCGAUCGGCCGCCAGUAUGCCCAUGAAGGGUCGCUUCCCUAUCCGCCGCACGCUGCAGUACCUGGGCCAGGGCAAUGUGGUGUUCAAGGACUCGGUGAAGGUCAUGACUGUGAACUACAACACGUACGGGGAGCUGAGCGAGGGCGCCAGGAAGUUCGUGUUUUUCAACAUCCCCCAGAUCCAGUACAAGAACCCCUGGGUGCAGAUCAUGAUGUUCAAGAACAUGACCCCGUCUCCCUUCCUGCGCUUUUACCUGGAUUCUGGGGAGCAGGUCCUGGUGGACAUGGAGACCAAGGGCAAUGGGGAGAUUGUGGAGCACAUCCGCAGGAUCCUAGGGAAGAGCGAGGAGACGCUGCAGAGGGAGGAGCUGGAGAAGCAGCGGCUGUCCCACCCGGCCAACUUUGGCCCCCGGAGGUACUGCCUGCGGGAGUGUAUGUGUGAGGUGGAAGGCCAGGUGCCGUGCCCAGGCCUGGUGCCUUUGCCCAAGGAGAUGACAGGCAAGGGCAGGGCUGCCCUGAGAGCCAGUGCCCAGGACUGAGGUAUCAUGGAGAGAUGGCCUCUGUGCAUGAGGAUGAGGAUACUAUGUGCACAGACUGUGUGUGAGGACUCUGGAUACGAGAAUCCUGCGUUGAAGGAUCCAUGGGCUGCUGCAUGGACAGAUACUUGUGCCCUGUCAAUAAAGGCUUCGUGUGCAGCAUGGCUGGAUCUGAUCCCUCAAAUGGUCCUCAUGCUGGAGGGUCGAAGGGUUAGGGUAAGGCUGUGUCAUUUUCCGCCCAUGGCCCUCUCCUGGCUUCUUGAUUGACUGCUGCUGGGUCC